AUGCAAGCAAGUGGCGAUCGAAUACUUGGUUUUACAAUCAAAAGCGAAUGCACACAGAUGCUGGGUUUGAGAUGCGUAUCUUUUAGAGCUGCGAGUAAAAACACUUGUGAAAGUAAAGUUUGA